AUGCGCAACUUAGCUACAUCGCUGAGGAGGCGGCCUGGCGAUCCCUUUGCUGUCCGCGACGGCUCCGAGUUGCUGCAUCCCCGAGCCGUACCGGCAUCAGACUAUGAUGAUGCCGGCGAGCUUGUUCCCCGAACCAAGCCCGGAAUCGUUGUGCAUGGCCACAUCAUCCCGUCCUUCUCGAGACGUGUCGAUCUCACCCAGAGCUUGCAGGGCAUCAAGGGCAUCAAGGGCAUCAGCGCGGACGCUUUGGACGCAGAGUGCAAAGCAUGGAUCCGGAACAUCGAUGUGCUCUUCACGGCCGGAUGCAUCGCAUCACACUCGUACGAGUCCGAGCAGACGCUGCCCGUGCGCAUCAACGUCUUCCCACCCGCAUCCGAGACCUUCCCGAAGCGCCAUGUCGUCACCCUGGCAAGCCCCACAACCGACAUAUUUUUCCACUGGACCUUGGAGAUGACGCCCUUCAGCUUCAGAACAUACAUCCAAUCGCAGGGCUGGCGGCUGGAUCCGCAUGAAAUGGAGGAGGCUUUCGAUGGAUUCGGCGAGACCAUCUGCGACCGUGUGCGCGAGUGCCUGGUGUGCCCCAAGAGAUUCGGGGUGUACUUGCAGAUCAACAACGUCGAUCGGACCGCCACGCUCACCUUCUUCGAGGUCGUGCUGGAAUACCGACGUAUCAAGCUCAUGUCGGUCGAUUUCCGCGAAACCGAUUGGGAGAACAUCAGCGCCGAUAUCCGAUAUGACUACGACCGGAUCAAGAACCACAACUCGCUGCUCCGGACCUCGCUUGUUCAGACCGUCGAUUUAGUCUCGAAGCAUCACCCUGAGCUCUUGAUUCUGGCCGCCUGUGACGAAGAGCCCGUGCCUGUUCGUCAGGCGCACACUUGGAUCGAGCUCACGCAAUCGCUGCUGAGCCCGCGAGUGCAGAAAGGCCUCUACGAGAACGGCCGGCCCGCGGCAGCAGGCCGCAUCCUGUCGAUGGAAGAGCGAAACAUGCGUCUGAAGCUGUUUCUGAUGGUGACGGAGCCUCGAGAGGACGAUGUUGAAGCCAUCUAUUCCAAGUCGGCUGAAUGCAAAGUGCAUGGCGAAGGAGAGCCGGUCCGCGAGCGGCUGGGAGAGAGCCGAGAAAGCGCCGUAUACUUCCUCACCAUCACCAAGAGCGACGAUAUAUUCUUCCACUUUACUUCACAGGACAUCACCCGCAACAAGUUCCUUGAUCUGACGAAGCGUCUGAAGGUUCUCCGGGGAAGCGAUGCAGACACUUCACCAAGCGACGAGCCGUUCCGCCAUUGCCGAAAGACCAAGGAAGGUGAUGCGGCCAAGUGCGAGACACUGGGAUUCCACCCAGACGAAGGCAUUGGAGGCGUUUUGGGUGUGAUUGCCGGCGACUGUCUGAGCGGUCUGGAGGAAGCCCCUGACCGGUACGAGUCAGAGUUUGAUAUCCAGCAUGUGCCGCGAGUCCACGCCGAGCAGGAGACCUUUGGCUGGAAGCGGCCGGACCCAAAUCCGCCCCAGCCACGGCGAGCCGUCUUGAGAUUCAGCGAGCAAGUCCUCUUUACCACGACGACACUGCUGGAGCUGGAAUUUACCGAAACUUGUGUGGAGUCUCUCAAGGAACAAACCGAGGUUGAUGCGACGCAGGCAAGGCUCGAUCUUUUGUGCGGCGUCAUUCGGCGACGCAACCCCACUCUGGCCAUUCUUCUCAACAAGAUCCCGGUCCCUCCGACCUUCACCAAGAUCCCGGCCUCGCUCCAAUCGGUAUCAGCGUCGAUGUCGAUGCCGACGCCUGGAGCCAAAAUGUCGGCCUUAGGUGGCAAGGGCUCUACGCGGCUGCCGUCGCCCGAGCGCAUACGACGAGACCACUGGGACGACGCUCCGGCCCAUCCGAUCCUGAUGCAUCCGACCCGCAUCCCGAUUCAGCUCAAGGACAUUCUCAGGCCGCCUCGGCGCCGCGGAGUAUCCAGAGCAGCCACUACCCGGGCUACGAGCGACUACCGGCACCACUGGAAGCGUGAGGAGGUUGGCUUAUCGAGCUACCCGCUCAGCUACGGCGACAUGGGCGUGGGGGGCAGCAUCCUGCGGUCGUCGGUGGAUCCCACAAGACGCACGGACCACAGACGAGGUCGUAAAAAGCCUCCCAAGGUCGUCCAAAUCCAGGAACCAGUGCCAGGCGCCCACGAAACCAAGAAGGCACCCUCGUCCCCCUCGUUAGUGUCGCGGGUGUCCCGGCCGCUCUCAGCCCUGUCGGAGACGAUGGAGUCGGUCGACCGGCGGCCCAAGCCCGAGAUCGGAUCCGAGAGGACCGCAAGUCCCCCGCGAUUCCCAUGA